AUGGGUGUUCUAUUAGGCAUGGAGUUGGAUAGGAAAAGGAGAGGAUGGGUUUGGGAGUUCCCUGAGACUGAGAUAAGAAAACGGAAACCGGAUGAGGAGGACGGCGACACGAAAGAGAAAGAUGACGAAGAUGAGUCUGAUGAGGAUGAAGGGAUCAGAAUAUGUCGUGCAUCUCUCAUGGUCAAGGAUCAACUCCCUAUUCUUCUCCUCGAUGGUCUUCCGUUUAGAAUAUCCUCACGGCCUUAUCGACCCUCAAGAGUACCAAGUACUACUCGCCCAGACGGCAAAACAUCAGGUAAACGUCCUCCAAAGCGAUCUGGCCUGGAAGAUUCCCUCUGGCAGGCCCUCGUCGAUAUUCGCCCGGUAGAGGAUCUAGUUGCAGAGCUUAUCUAUGACAUGUGGCUCCAGAAGCUAGACUCAUUACCACCUCUUGGAUCUGAUUCUGUGGAUGUCCAGUGGACUAUCGCGCGAGCCCUUGAAACCAAUGCAGAUAUCACCAGAAGCAUGGAGCGACGAGGAGAGUUCAGUACCAUUACGUCCGCAGACUGGUCGAAUCUUGCAGAACGUCUGCAUAGACGCAUACAUCUCUCUGUUACAGUUGCCCUCCAAGUACAUGCUCAAGAAGCUCAAAAGGACCCCAAAGAUUCCAACUCCAGAAGUUUAGAUCGAAUAGCAUAUCUAGGAGGUCUGUUGCUGCCCCUGACUGUUGUAUCGGGGAUAUUGUCGAUCGAGAGUUCAUAUGGCCCUGGGGGCAAGUCAUUCUGGGUGUUCUGGCUUGCAUCGGGGCUUUCUUCUCUCCUUGCGAUCCUCAUCAUUUAUGCAGAUCACCUGCGAACAUUGGAUGUAUGGAUGGAGGUUGCUGCAACAGAGAUUCUGGACUUGGAUCACAACAAGCGGUUCCAAGCGAAUAGGACACCGCGCCGAAGAGAAUACCAUAGCGGUGGUGAUCCAGAGCGUGGGGAAGCAAAGUUGACGACAGCGUCGGAUGGAGGCGUCAUAGGGGAGAUGGGACGAGAGGCAGAGCAUGGAGAAGAGGAGAACUAG